UCACCCUUCUGUAAUUCGAAAAACUGAAAAUUUACAAUAAGAAACUGAAAAGUAGUCUUAAUAAAAAUACUCAGUAAAUAAAAAAAAUGGGAAAGAGGACAGCAUUAUUUGUAUUGUUGGUGGCGGCGAUGUUGGCCGUGAGCUGGUGUUGGGGAGAGGAAGCGGCGGAGAUUGCGAAGGAGAAAGCAAAUAUAGCGGUGGGAGAGAUGAAUAACAAAGCUCAACAGGUUAAGCAAAGUGCUUCUGAAGCCAUGGACGAUGCUAAAGAGAAGACUGGCUCUUGGGCUGAUUGGGUCGCUGGCAAAUUCUCACAGUAUCAAGACGAUGCAAAAGACGAAGCCCAAGGGUUAAUGGAUAAAGCUAAGGAUACAGCAUCAACUGCUAGAGAUUCCAUAAAUACUGCAGCACAUGGAACCCAAAAGUAUGGUUCUCAAAAGGCUAGUGAAAUGGCUGACAUGGCAUCCGACAAAUUUGGUGAUGCUAAAAAUCUUGCUUCCGAGAAGGCCAAUCAAGCUAUGGAUGCAGCUGCAGAUACCGCUCGUCAUGCCAGUGAAAGAGGAAAAGAAAAUGCAUAUGACACUUAUGCCUAUGCAUCGGAGAAAACUGGUAAAGCCACAAACAUGGCUACCGAUUUUGCCAAAGAUAAAGCUCAUGAUGCUUAUGCCUCCGCAUCUGAUAAGGCAGGUCGAGCCACUAACAUUGCUUCUGAUAUGGCUGCUGACGCCAAAGAAAGAGCCAAACAUAAAGCUUAUGAUGCCAAUGAUUUUGCCAAAGAGAAAGCUCAUGAUGUUUAUGCCUCCGCAUCUGAUAAGGCAGGUCGAGCCACUAACAUUGCUUCACAUAUGGCAGCUGACGCCAAAGAAAGAAUUAAGGAUAAAGCUUAUGAUGCCCAUGAUUUUGCCGAAGAGAAAGCUCAUGAUGCUUAUGCCUCGGCAUCGGAUAAGGCAGGUCGAGCCACAGACGUUGCUUCAGAAAAUGCAGCUUCCGAAAUGGGUAGUUCAGCUAAAGAGAAGGUUAAGGAUAAAGCUUAUGAUGCCUAUGGUUUUGUAAAUAACAAAGCAGGUCAAGCAAUGGAAAAGGCUUCAGACAUGGCCGGUGAUGCCAAAGAAAUGGGUAAAGAUAAAGCUUAUGGUGCUUACGGUUAUGCAUAUGACAAGAUGGACCAAGCAAGGGACAGGGCUUUUAACAUUGCUGGUAAUUCAAAAGACACGAUGAAAGCCAAAGCAUCUGAUGCAUAUGAUUUUGCCUCUGGUAAAGCGGAUCAAACCAUAAGAAUGGCUACUGAUAGAGCCAACGAUGCGAAAGAGAAAGCAUUUGACGGAUAUGAGGGUGCGAAAUCAAAGGCUUAUGAAACUUAUAGGUCUGCUAAACAAAACAUGAAUGGACAAGUCAAGGAUAAGUAUGAAACUGCAAAAGAGAAGGCUUCGGAAGCUACAGGCAAAGUUGGAGCAAAGAUGAGAAGUGGCGGUAAAGAAUUGUGAGCAAUUAGUAAUAACAGCCCCUGAAAGGAAAUCUCGCAUAGGAAGAGGUUCCUAUUAGGUGAGUGGCUUAGAUUUUUACUACAUUGUUUUCUUCUUUUUCUUUUUUGGUCAGCUAUUCUUUUUGUAGGACAGAUGAAGUUCUUCACCAACUCAAUUCCGUAUGGUCAUCGCUUAGGUUAUACUUAGUUAAAAUAAAGAGAAUAUGUCAUUGCAAAAGUGAACACGCAUACUAACAAAGCUGAAAAAGUUUUUGUACCAAAUGUAAAAACUUAGUACUGUGUUGAAAAUGCUGUUACUAUCGUUGAUUUUUUGUA